UUUCCAAUUGCAUCUUAUCACAACAUUCUUCCUCGAUUAGCUUCACAUGAUAAAUACAUUGAACCGAAAAACUAGACGCUAACCGUUGCGAACCGGCCUCGCAGAAGUCCGGUUACUUAAUAACCCGACUUUUUCAUUCAAAAGUCACUCGAAAUAGCCGGCGCCGGCGAAAUUGAGAGUCAAAGAGUCAGAUAUGUUCAGAAUCGAAAUUCUAAGAAGCACACUCUCUCGAUCUCACCCACAGAGAUUUUCUCGUGUAUCGUCGUCCCUCUUAUCGACAUGGUACUCUCCAGAAUCUAUCUCAGCAGACGACAACAAUGACCCAGUUCUUGUCAAACUCUCGGUUGCCAUCAGAGAUUCUUACAAGGAUCCGCCAUUGGAAUUCUCUUCGUUCGCUGCCUGCUCUUCUAUCAGAAACGUCCUGCCUUCGCUCAGCGUUCGCCAUGUUGUUGAUCUCAUCAACCGUAACCCUCUCUCCCUCCCACACCGUUCUAUCUUCGCUUUCUUCAAAUUCAUCUCAUCUCAGCCUGAAUUUCGUUUUACCGUUGAGACUUACUUCGUCAUGGCUCGUUUUCUUGCUAUUCACGAAAUGUUCGUGGAAGCACAGUCACUUAUCGAGCUCGUCGUCUCUCGUAAAGGCAAAAACUCGGCUUCUUCAGUUUUCAUCUCUUUGGUAGAAAUGAGAGGAACACCUAUGUGUGAUUUCCUUGUUGAUGCUUUGAUGAUUACGUACAUGGAUCUAGGAUUCAUACCCGAUGUUAUUCAAUGUUUUAGGCUAUCUCGGAAGCAUAAUUUCGUUGUUCCAAUUCGUGGCUGUGGCAAUUUGCUUGAUCGGAUGAUGAAGCUGAAUCCAACUGGGACUGUUUGGGGAUUUUAUAUGGAGAUUUUGGAUGCUGGGUUUCCCUUGAAUGUGUACGUUUUCAAUAUUUUGAUGAACAAAUUUUGUAAAGAAGGCAAUAUAUGUGAUGCCCAGAAGGUGUUCGACGAAAUUACUAAAAGGAGUUUGCGGCCUACAGUGGUUAGUUUCAACACUUUGAUAAAUGGGUAUUGUAAAGUGGGAAACUUGGAUGUAGGGUUCAGGCUUAAACAUCAUAUGGAGAAAAGCAGAACACGUCCAGAUGUUUUCACCUAUAGUGCCUUGAUUAAUGCACUGUGUAAGGAGAACAAAAUGGACGGAGCACAUCGCCUGUUUUAUGAGAUGUGUGAGAGAGGGUUGAUCCCAAAUGAUGUUAUUUUCACUACUUUGAUUCAUGGUCAUAGUAGGAAUGGACAGAUUGACUUAAUGAAAGAAAGUUAUCAGAAGAUGUUAAGUAAGGGUCUUCAGCCUGAUAUUGUUUUAUAUAAUACUUUAGUAAAUGGCUUUUGCAAGAACGGGGAUUUGGUGGCCGCAAGGAAUAUAGUUGAUGGGAUGAUCCGUAGAGGUCUGAGGCCUGACAAAGUUACAUAUACGACUCUUAUAGAUGGAUUUUGUAGAGGAGGAGAUGUAGACACAGCUUUGGAGAUAAGGAAGGAAAUGGAUCAGAAUGGGAUAGAACUUGAUAGGGUGGGUUUCUCAGCUCUUAUUUGUGGAAUGUGCAAAGAAGGAAGAGUCAUUGAUGCUGAAAGAGCUUUGAGAGAGAUGCUGCGAGCUGGUAUGAAGCCGGAUGAUGUAACCUAUACAAUGAUGAUGGAUGCAUUCUGUAAGAAAGGUGAUGCUCAAACCGGUUUCAAAUUGCUUAAGGAAAUGCAGAGUGAUGGGCAUAUUCCUAACGUUGUGACGUAUAAUGUUCUACUGAAUGGACUAUGCAAAUUGGGACAAAUGAAGAAUGCUGACAUGUUGCUAGAUGCCAUGCUUAAUGUAGGGGUUGUUCCGGAUGACAUCACAUACAACACCCUAUUGGAAGGUCACCAUAGACAUGCAAAUGCAUCGAAGCAUUAUAAACAAAAACCUGAGAUAGGGAUUGUAGCUGACUUGGCUUCUUACAAAUCACUAGUCAAUGAGCUCUAUAGAGCUUCAAAAGAUCACCGGAACAGAUAACAUCCGACUGUUUGUGUCUGGAUAUACGGCCUAAAUUUUUUAAUUAAUCACCAGAGGUCGUUUCCUUACCAUUGAAUUUAUGGGUGCAGGCGAUUGCCAAUUAGAAGCAAUCACAUCCUAAGUUGUUCGGUCAGCUAGAGAAUCAUGAUAACUGAUCUUUAAGGUUGCUGUUGUUUGAUUGAUCAUUGCAAACACCUGAUAUGCUUCGGAGUUGAAUAGUGAUAGACAAUGCUGGUAGUUUUGGUAAAGAUAUAUACUGUGUUACUAUUUGAGUUUCUGCUUCUAUUUCUUGGCUAACAAUAACUGAACCUCCCUAUAUUUGACAUUGAUUCGGUAUAUGACAUUUUUCCUCUAGGCUCUAAAGGAAAGCUUGCAUGUGGCUGUCAACUACUACUCUGAUGAUUGAGAAACUAUAAUGCUUCCAGUUUAUCUGUUGCGAAACACGACUUUGCGAGCCAUUAUGACCACUUAAGGUGAGGCCACAAUGACUCCGCUCACCAUUUGAUCUAUGUAUAUGCCUUUUAAAUGUUCCAUAUCGCAUAUAGACUUGUAAAAACGUUGGUUGUUAUGUUAGUUACUAUGUAUAACAAUGUAUCACUCUUGGUCAAUAAAAUUGUUGAGUAUGAGUUCUUCUUU